AUGAGCAUAUUAUUCAUAGGAGAAAAUGGGCAACCAGUGCUUGAUUACGCCAAUUCCGAGUCAGAAGUCGCUUUCGCAAAGUACGGCUUCAACGUUGCUGCUAGCGACAAGAUUUCACUUGAUCGUUCCAUUCCAGAUACGAGGCAUGCAGAGUGUAAAUAUUGGCAUUAUCCGGAAAACUUGCCUCGUACCAGUGUGGUGAUCGUGUUUCAUAACGAGGCAUGGAGCCCGCUGUUGAGGACUGUUCACUCAGUCGUCAACCGGACUCCGUCUAAGUUGCUGCUGGAAGUGGUGAUGGUGGACGACUUUAGUGAUAAAGAGCACUUGAAGAACAAAUUAGACAACUACGUGAAACAGAAGUUUGGCUCCACCGUCAGAAUCAUCCGAAAUCGGCAACGCGAAGGACUCAUUCGUACUCGCAACAUAGGAGCAGAAAAUGCAAGGGGCCAAGUUGUUGUGUUUCUGGAUGCCCAUUGCGAAGUGAAUACGUUUCCGAGAUGGUUGCAGCAGUACUCUAGGCGCACUGUUACCGUGCCAGUCAUCGACAGCAUCGACAUGAACAACUGGGAAUAUGCGCAACAGCGCGGUUACGGCAGCAAACCGUUGUAUCGGGGGAUCUUUGAAUGGGGCCUUCUGUACAAAGAAGCGGAGAUACCGAAACAGGAAGAAGUUCUAAGAGAGCAUCAGUCAGAACCGUUCAGGACUCCGACGCAUGCUGGCGGACUUUUUGCAAUAAAUCGAGAUUGGUUCGAAAAGCUAGGGUACUACGAUCCUGGUUUGCGCAUUUGGGGUGGUGAAAAUUACGACUUAUCUUUCAAGGUUUGGCAGUGUGGAGGCUCAGUUCUGAAUGUUCCCUGUUCCAGGGUCGGUCAUGUGUAUCGCAGAGCUGUUCCGUACAGUUUCGGUAACGUUAGCGGACCCGUCGUGUCCAUAAAUUACAAACGGGUAGCCGAGGUUUGGAUGGACGAGUACAAGGAGUACUAUUACAUACGAGAGCCUUUCAUCAGAAAAAGAGAUGCCGGUGACCUGACUCAACAGCGAGAACUGCGCCUCAAGAAUCGCUGCAAGUCGUUUGACUGGUACAUGAAAAACGUUGCUUAUGACAUGCCUGUGCUUUACCCGAAGUUGCCUCAGAACCUCGUUUGGGGCGAGGUCGUCAAUCCCUCUUCUUACCUGUGCAUUGACACAAUGGGUAAACGUAAUUUUGAAACGAUUGGCGUUUCUCCAUGUCAUCAUUCAGGCGGAAAUCAGUUACUUCGUCUCAAUGUAAAGGGACAGUUUGCUUCCGGAGAAUGGUGCAUUAGUGCUUCACAUGGGCAGCUAAAUGCCGGACGAUGCGUUCCUAUGACGGUCGACGGACCCUGGCGUUACGACAAGACUUCACAACAAAUAUCUAAUGCUCCUUUAAACAAAUGUGUCGCGCUGAAGCGACAGACGUCGCAGCUCGUCCUCGCAGAGUGCAAUGCAAAUGACGAAAUGCAGCGUUGGGUUUUUAACGAGAUCUAUCUUUGA